AAACACAUGAGAUCAGCAGCACCACGAGAGCGAAAAUUUUUCUCCGGCGUAAUUUUGGCUAAGUUUUUUUAAGUUGAGCACUCUAGAAUUUGGAUUUUAACGUCAUAGAGACGUGGACGAUCGUUUGAAGAAAAUUAAACAUGCUGACACUCCUAAAAUAUAUCGGUGGUCGUGUUUGGAAUAGGCCGAGCGAUUUUUUAAAACUAAGAUGGCAUCAUUGUGGUCAAGUGGAAAAAAUCAGCAAGGUGUUGAUCGCAAAUCGAGGGGAAAUUGCUUGCCGAGUGAUGAAAACUGCCAAGAAGAUGGGCAUACAGACUGUGGCUGUCUACAGUGAUGCAGAUGCAAAUUCAAUGCACGUUGAUAUGGCUGACGAGGCUGUCAGGAUCGGAGUUGCAGCCUCUGGAGAGAGUUACUUGAGACAAGACCGGAUUAUCGAGGCUGCUAAACGUUGCGGCGCCCAAGCAAUUCACCCUGGCUACGGUUUUUUGUCUGAAAAUGCUGAAUUCGCAGAGUUGUGCCAUGACUCUGGAAUUAUAUUUGUUGGCCCACCGCCUUCGGCCAUCAGGGACAUGGGCAUCAAAAGUACAUCAAAGAGCAUAAUGUCAGCAGCUGGAGUCCCUGUGAUUGAAGGUUAUCACGGCGAUGACCAGUCUGAUAGCAAUCUUCUCUCUGAGUCUGAGAAAAUCGGCUUCCCUGUAAUGAUCAAGGCCGUCAGAGGCGGUGGUGGCAAAGGCAUGAGGAUUGCUCAAACCAAAGAAGAUUUUCUUCCUCAACUCGAAUCAGCAAGGCGAGAAGCGCAGAAAGCGUUUGGUGACCAAGUGAUGCUUGUCGAGAAGUUUGUGUCUGAGCCUCGACAUGUUGAGGUCCAAGUCUUCGGCGACAAGCACGGAAACUACGUCUACCUGUUUGAAAGAGACUGCAGCGUCCAGAGAAGGCACCAGAAGGUCAUUGAAGAGGCCCCUGCUCCUGGCUUGACCUGGGAGGAGAGAAAGUCGAUUGGAGAAGCUGCGGUGAAAGCAGCCAGAGCUGUUAAUUACGUCGGUGCGGGGACUGUGGAGUUUGUUCUUGGUGCUAAGGACCACAAGUUCUACUUUAUGGAAAUGAACACUAGACUGCAAGUGGAGCACCCAGUCUCAGAAAUGAUCACAGGCACUGACUUGGUCCAAUGGCAGCUCCAGGUGGCUGCUGGGGAACCCUUGCCGGUCACACAAGAGCAGCUGCAGGUGAAUGGUCACUCGCUUGAAGCGAGAAUUUACGCAGAGGAGCCAGGAGCGGACUUCAUGCCUGGCGCGGGUCCCCUGAUCCGCAUGACUACCCCUCCCGCCAGACCAGAUGUCAGGGUGGAAACAGGUGUGCGACAAGGCGACGAAGUAUCCGUCCACUACGACCCUAUGAUCGCCAAGCUGGUCGUAUGGGCCGAAAAUCGCCAGGCUGCCAUCAUCAAACUCAAGGAGCAGCUGUCACAGUUUAAUGUCGUUGGACUAAACACGAAUAUCGACUUUCUGAUGUCGCUCUGCUCACAUAAAGAGUUCCUUGCUGGAAACGUCCACACUAAUUUCAUCCCUGAGCACCAGGCAACGCUUUUCCCUGAGAGGAGUCUCACUUCAUCUUUGAUUGCUCAAGCUACAGUUGCCGCACUUCUGACUGAGCGGGCCCAGCUGCAAUACCUCCGGAACGACCCCUAUGAUCCAUUCUCCGCCACUGACUCAUUCAGGCUUGGCCACAACCCGACCUGGGAAAAGGAGCUGAGCUACCUGGAUACACCCCUCAAGGUCAAGUGGACUGAGCGAAGCAACGGCGUCUUCACGGUCGACCUCGAUGGACAAACUGUUGAAAUUUCCGGAGUGCUCGUCAAAUCUCCCACUGGCGAGACAUUCUUGAAGUCGUGCGUAAAUGGAAAAAUGAACAAGUGCAGAGUGGAGAGGGUUGACGGCGAGAUUUACAUUUUUACCAAGGAGUGCAGUUACUGCUUUAAAGAGCCAGAGCCAAGCUUCGCCAACGUUGGAGGCGCGGGCUUAGGUGCUGGAGGCGGCGCCGUCGCCCCUAUGCCGGGCGUCAUCGAGAAGGUCCUCGUCAAAGACGGCGACGUCGUGGAAGCUGGCGCCCCUCUCGUCGUCAUGAUCGCCAUGAAAAUGGAGUAUGUCAUUCGCUCUCCAAAAGCUGGAAAAAUCGAGAGGGUGCUUUACGCUGCUGGAGAUAACGUGAAGAAGAAUGCUCCGGUGGUUAAGAUGGAAGAGAGUCAGGAAUAGGUAUUUAGAUUAAAGCUCAAAAUUAGAUUUAUUUUUUGACAAUAAUAUUCAAAAUCAGGGAUUUGCUUUUGAAGCUCUCUGAAAAACGCUUUUAGUGCCAUCCAUUGCUCUUAACCACCUUGCCAUACUUGAAAUAUUUUUAUAUAAUAAUUCAGAAAGAUCUAUAUCUAUUUUUAUAAAUGUUAUCUGCUGCUGCAUUUCUAUGCCGGCAAAAAUUCACAAAUUUUCUGAAGGCCUGUUGAUAUUUUGAAUGUAUAUAUUUAAUAUAUAUAAGGUCAAACAAUUAAGGUGUUGUCGUCAGUGAAUUACAAAAUGAUUGUUUUUUGAACCA